CUGACGUGUUCAGGAAAUCAGCUGAUCGCGGAGUGCCCCUGCUGGGCGAGAAGCAGCAGCAGCAGCAGCAGCACCUGCCCCCCAGUGGAGUCCGGACACUGGUUCACUUCCAGUCCGAGCCGGCAGCCCCUCCCUCUAUGUUACCCACCCGCUGCUUCCCCUGAUUGUGCUGUCUUCACCAUGCUUCACAACGGCAACGACUCUGCCCCGUUAUCGCCCGCUAAGUUGAGUAAAGCAGCGGGAGCCGGAGCCCCAAGCCUCCUCAACCACCCACCGUCCCGGCCCGAGAUCAGGAAGAAUGCCAUCACUGAUGAUUACCGCGUGUCCACUAACGUCCUGGGGCUGGGAGUCAAUGGGAAAGUGCUGGAGUGUAUCCACAAGAAAACAGGAGAGAAGUGCGCCCUGAAGAUUCUCUAUGAUAGUCCAAAGGCAAGACGUGAAAUCGAUAUGCAUUGGAGGGCCUCCAGCACCCUCCACAUUGUCCAAAUCCUUAAUGUCUAUGAAAACAUGCACCAUGGAAAGCGCUGCCUCCUGAUAGUGAUGGAAUGUAUGGAAGGAGGUGAAUUGUUCAGCAGGAUCCAUGAUCGAGGUGAUCAAGCAUUUACUGAGAGGGAGGCCUCUGAAAUAAUGAGAGAUAUUGGGAGUGCUAUUCAGUACCUCCAUGCAAUGAACAUUGCUCACAGGGAUGUUAAGCCAGAAAAUCUGUUGUAUACGUCGAAAGAUGUGAAUGCGAUCCUCAAGCUCACGGAUUUUGGAUUUGCUAAAGAAACAACACUUCACAACUCUCUAGCAACACCGUGCUACACGCCGUAUUAUGUUGCUCCAGAGGUUCUGGGUCCUGAGAAAUAUGACAAGUCGUGUGAUAUGUGGUCCCUGGGAGUGAUCAUGUACAUUCUGCUGUGUGGGUAUCCUCCAUUCUACUCCAAUCAUGGCCUGGCCAUCUCUCCUGGAAUGAAGAAGAGGAUUCGAAUGGGACAGUAUGAGUUUCCAAACCCAGAGUGGUCUGAAGUCUCUGAGGAGGCGAAAGAUCUGAUCCGGCAAGUGCUGAAGACCGAUCCCACCGAGCGAAUGACGAUCACUGAGUUUAUGAACCAUCCUUGGAUUAACCAAUCGAUGGUGGUUCCUCAGACUCCACUCCAUACAAGUCGAGUGCUCCAAGAAGAGAAGGAUAUGUGGGAGGAGGUGAAGGAUGAAUUGACAAGUGCACUUGCCACAAUGCGUGUUGACUAUGAUCAGGUGACGAUUAAGGACUUGGACAAAACCAGUAACCCCCUUUUGAACAAGAGACGGAAGAAGCAGACUUCAUCAGCACGGUCCUCAUCAGCAAUCUGCAGCAAUCAGUGAAGAGAGGACCAAACAACAACAGAACUGGGGAUGCCUUUGAACACAUGGCAAGAAACCAGAGGUUUUUAAAACCCCUGUAUUGCCAGAAUUCAGCCUGAAUGAAGGCUGGAGGUUCUCUGAAAAAUAGAGUGUGGUUUCUACUGUCAUUGACAACAGAACUAGAAGAGUGAAGGCAGCUCCCUUGCAUGCUGCUAUCCCCAGGGACCCAGUCCUCCUCCUCCUUUCUGUACUGUUGUGUUGCUUUUUUUUAAAAUCGUGAACUGUUUUAAUUCGGCUCAAACUUUGCAUUGGCAUUGAUGAAAGAAUGACAAAGAAGGAGAAGGCAAGCAGUGAAGAUGUAA